GAUCCCCCUUUAUCUGGACCUGUGCAAUUGUGGCAGAGUGAGAGAUUGUAUUGCUGCUUUACUCUAGUUCGCAAAACUAUACAGCACAUAUUAAGAGAGAAGAACCUGAUCAAUGGGAAAUUACAAAUCAAGACCGUCUCUGACGUGUACAGACGAGUGGAAGAAGAAGGUGGGCGAGUCGUACUCUGUGAUCGUCGAGAAGUUGGAAGACGACCUCAAGCUCAAAGACAGUGAGCUCGUGGAGCUCAAACUUGCUUUCGGUUGUCACAAGCCGGUGAUGGUUGGUUUUCUGUGGCUCAGCUCUGAUGAGGCUUUUCAGAAGGUGAACUUGAGCUACCGAACAGAGAAGGGGCUGUCGUUGCUGCAUCUCUGCUGCGCAUGUGGAGGGAACAAGGCCCAUAUCCGCGCCCUGAUGCUUAAAGGCCUGCGUCCUUCGAGACUGUCCAGGAAUGGAUUCACUGCGCUCCACCUGGCUGCUUACAAGGACAACGCAGAGCUGGUGACUGCGCUUCUUCACGGUGGGUCAGAUGUGCAGCAGGUGGGAUACGGUGCCCUCACCCCCCUGCAUGUCGCCACAUUGGCUGGGCACCAUGAGGCUGCAGAUAUUCUCCUACAGCACGGGGCUUAUGUGAAUGUCCAAGAUGCUGUGUUUUUCACUCCACUGCAUAUUGCUUGCUACAAUGGCCAUGAGCAGGUGGCAAAGCUUCUUCUGAAGUUUGGGGCAGAUGUGAAUGCGAGUGGUGAGGUGGGUGACCGGCCGCUGCACCUGGCUGCAGCCAAGGGCUUCCUCAGCAUCAUCAAACUGCUAAUGGGGGAUGGGAGCAAAGCUAACAUUAAUGCUCAGGACAACGAAGAUCACGUUCCUCUCCACUUCUGCGCUCGUUUUGGUCACCAUGAGAUUGUGCGCUUCCUCCUGCAGGGCAACUUUGACGUACAGCCUCACUCCGUCAACAUCUACGGGGACUCACCAUUACACUUGGCCUGCUAUAAUGGCAAAUUUGCAGCAGUGAAGGAGAUUAUACAACUUUCUGGUACAGAAAGUCUUUCAAAGGAGAACAUAUUCAGCGAGACAGUACUUCACAGUGCAUGCACCUAUGGUAAAGACCUGGAGAUGGUCAAGUUCUUGUUGAGUCAGAAUUCUAUGAGCAUCAACCACCAGGGCAGAGAUGGACACACAGCUCUGCAUAGUGCCUGUUUCCACGGCCAUAUCCGUCUGGUGCAGUUCUUGCUGGACAGCGGGGCCGACAUGAACCUGGUUGCCUGCGACCCGAGCAGGUCCAGCGGGGAGAAGGACGAGCAGACCUGCCUGAUGUGGGCAUAUGAAAAAGGUCAUGAUGCCAUUGUCACCUUACUGAAACACUACAAACGUCCAGAUGACUCCCCCUGCAAUGAGUACUCCCAACCCGGAGGGGAUGGGUCCUACGUUUCUGUCCCGUCUCCUCUGGGAAAGAUCAAAAGCAUGACUAAAGAGAAAGCAGAAGUUCUCCUGCUCAGGGCCAGCCUCCCAUCUCAUUUCCACCUGCAGCUGUCUGAGCUGGAGUUUAAUGAAAUUAUUGGAUCAGGCUCCUUCGGUAGAGUCUACAAAGGCAAAUGCCGAAACAAAAUUGUCGCCAUUAAACGCUACCGAGCCAGCACGUACUGCUCUAAGUCAGACGUGGACAUGUUCUGCAGAGAGGUCUCCAUCCUCUGUCGCCUCAAUCACCCCUGCAUCAUCCACUUUGUGGGGGCGUGCCUGGACGACCCCAGCCAGUUUGCCAUCGUCACCCAGUACGUCUCCGGGGGCUCGCUGUUCUCCCUGCUGCAUGAGCAGAAGAGGCUUAUCGACCUGCAGUCCAAGCUCAUCAUUGCCAUCGACGUGGCCAAGGGCAUGGAGUACCUGCACAACCUCACCCAACCUAUUAUCCACAGGGACCUCAACAGUCACAAUAUUCUGCUUUAUGAGGAUGGACAUGCUGUGGUGGCUGAUUUUGGAGAAUCCAGAUUCCUACAAUCUGUGGAGGAGGAUAACAUGACCAAGCAGCCAGGGAACCUGCGCUGGAUGGCUCCAGAGGUGUUCACCCAGUGCACUCGCUACUCAGUGAAGGCGGACAUGUUCAGCUACGCCCUCUGUCUGUGGGAGCUGCUUACUGGAGAAAUUCCCUUUGCUCACUUGAAACCUGCCGCUGCAGCAGCAGACAUGGCAUACCAUCACAUCCGGCCUCCUAUUGGCUACUCCAUCCCCAAACCCAUCUCUGCUCUUCUGAUGAGAGGCUGGAAUGCAUCACCAGAGGACAGACCUGAGUUCUCUGAAGUGGUUUCCAACCUGGAUGAAUGCUUGUGCAAUGUUGAGCUGAUGUCUCCAGCCUCCAGUAACAGUAGCGGCUCCCUGUCGCCCUCGUCCUCCUCUGACUACCUGCUGGGGCGAGGAGGACCCGGUCGGAGUCACGUGGCCGCCCUUCGUUCUCGCUUUGAGCUCGAGUACGCUGUCAACUCUCGCGCCUACGCUUCCUGGACUCAGAGUGAGCGACGUCAAGCAUCUAGAGGCCUUUCACUGGAGGAACUAAGAAGGACUAUGCAGUUCUCUCCCAUCGAUCGAAAUGGGUACGUUUCCGAUCCCAUGAGCACCAUGAGAUUUCGCUCGUCCUUCAGCAGCAGCAGCAGCUUUGAGGACAGUAACCAACACUACUAAGAACACCCAGCGCUCUUUAUUAUGACCUUAUUAAUUCAGAUUAUCAUCACUUUUUUUGAUAAUUUAUUUUAACUUUAUAAAUACAUGGCAGGAGAAGUAGAUAAUGCUGACUAAUUGCUAACUUAACUGUGAGUAUUUGGUCGUAACAUACUGUAUAAGGAUGGGUUGUUUGUGAAUUUACAGUACACUCUUCUCAAUAUCUCCAGUCCUGUGUUAUAAUAGUUUUAUUUGAUACAUCUGUUAUGUAAACACUUUUUUUUAAUAUUUAGUUGAAGCUUUUAGAUCUUUUAAAUAAUUUUGUUUUU